ACAUCAUUAGUGCGUUAUCUUGUAAAUCUGACAAUUUGAUGCGACAAGUCUAUCUCUCUCCAAACGAACACCGAAAUAGGUGAUAGGUGGUCGAACAUUACCCAAAUCGAAUCAGAGUAAUUAAACUGCCCAAAAUCUAUGCUACUUGCCGAAGGUGUCGGUAACAAGGUACCAAUACCAGCAAUCGGAUCACACCGAAAAAACGACACACAGAACGAUGGUCUUCAUUUGCGGGCUUUACAUAUCAUUCCGACAGAGAAAAAGAUUUCGCCCACGAUUCGCCCCCCAAAAAACGACAACGGACGACCAAGUGAGAAAGAUCUCAUCCGAUCACAAACGGUUUGGUGGCGGGAUUUUUUUUUUUGGGAGGGAAGACACAUACAAACGCGUGUGUUUCUCACCCGCGGCGAAUGUCAUUCCGCCAGAUUCGUGCCGGGCCGGAGGCAUGGCGACUUGUCAUCUGCCGCAAAGAUAGCAAAGUGGUGCGCGCCCUAGUGGGCAAACUCCAUUCCACCAUUUUGGGGGGGAAAAACUCUAUACAAAAUGUUCCGACCAGUGGCUGUACCCCGGCCAGUCACCGUCGGUGCGUGAUCGUGAUCGGUUGAUCGGGUUUUGGUUCUGGCGGUGUGUGACCGAGUGUACGUGCGUUCGAGUGCGUGUUUGAGAGGAAAUCUUGCAAUUCUUGUCGCGAUUGCUUGUUUAGCUAAAUGUUAGGUACUGUGUGCAUUGGUCUAUCAUCAUUCGAUCAUCAUCAUCUGGUGGAUUCAUUCAGGAAGUGACUAAGUGAGCAACUCCGUACCACAGUUUGAUCGAAUUUGCAGACUGUGUUUUUUCGCGAAAACGCGCCCAGUAAAGUUAAUUAACAUUCCGCAAACUAUUUGUCCCCGGGGAGGGGUGUGAUUCUAACGAGUGACUCAAUCGUUUUAGAUAGGGAAAGUAACGCAUUUUGAGCUCUUUUUUUAUUUCGGUUGUAAUUUUCACUUACUUAACGUUUUUCAAUUUUCCAUCUCACCAUUUAAUUCGAAAGAGUGUUUUUUAAAAUGAUUUUUCAAUUGAAUUACAAUUAAUCGAUUGUAUUGCAGUGGACGUGUGUUUCUGUAGUCCACAGUCAAAGUGUGUGCAUCGGUAAUUUGUGCCCUAUUUUGGUAAAGUGCUUUUGUACCCUUGUGUGAGUGUGUGUUUUGUUGGGUGUACCGUGUUUAUGGAGCAGUGAAAAUUCCAACUCCCAAAAAAUCAAACGAUGGUUUCCAAGCGAAAGGAUGUGCUACAAUGCUGGAUUGUGGCCAUUGCAUUCGUUGCCGCUGUAGCUCUAUCGAUGGCCGGUUUGGUCAACGGAGAAACGUACGAAGAUUGUGAGCAGCCACCGGAAAUUGCACACGGAUCCGCCCGGCUAACGGUGGACGACAACGAAGAGUAUGUGACGGCACACUACACCUGCAAAUCGGGCUACCGGUUGCAGGAACCGCAGCUAGCCAAAAUACGCUGCAGCAUCGAGACGGAUGAAUGGGAAUCGAACAAACUGCCGGCAUGUGUACCAGAUGAAACACACGACCAGGACGGUGCGGUUGGAAAGCAGGGCGCAAACGGUAAGCGGAAACCCGGUCAACGGGGUCAAAACAUUCAGGAGGAAACCGACCUUGAACCGGAACUGGCCGCUCGGUUGGAUCUGUCCUGCAUGGCCAAUGGGCUUGUAAGGGCGCCCGAGAUCGACAACGGCUAUGUGGUGAAAUACAACAGGCGUAAGAAAAAUGGCAACAUUUUCCUGGUAGCGUACUACGAGUGUGACGAUUAUUACGAGCUACAGCCACCGGAGCAUGAUCGCCUGUACUGUAGCGUACGGAAAUGGAUCGGCAAGCGACCGGAAUGCAUCUCAACCCGAUCCGGCACAGAGGAUGAUGAAGAGGGCGAGGAAGAGGAAGAGGAAGAGGAGGAAGAGGAAGAAGAUUACGAAGAAGAAGGAGAAGAAGGCUCUGAACAACCAUCCGAACGUGAUGAAAAAGUUCACGACCGAACAACAACUACGACGACAACCAUGCCAACAACUACAACAACUACUUCUACUACAGAAGCAUCAACAACAACCGAAUCAUCUACGACAUCGACAACAACUACGACACAACAGCCAUUGCAAACAACGACUUUAACACCCGUGCACCCACGAUCGACGACAACGGAAGCGAACAUACCAGACAAUCUGUCCGUCCCCGAGGCAGAACAUGAAACUCAUCAACAUCGAUCGACACCAGACAAGGGCGAAGAUGACACAGAAGACGAAGACGAAGAAGAAGAAGGCGAUGGUGAUGAUGAUGAAGACAAUGGGCACGAUCAUCAUGCGUCUCACAGAGAAGACGAUCACAACGAACCGGCCGAAGUGCUACGGAGCGACUCAGAACAUUCACCUUCAUCAACCGAAUCCAUUGCUUCGACAUCCCCACAGACGGUUGUGACCGCUUGUGGUCCAGAUCGUGGUGGUUGCGAUCACGAAUGUCGAAUGAUUUAUCACGGCAACGAGGUGGAACCGGUGGUUGAGUGUAGCUGCUACCGGGGAUUUCUGCUGGAUGUGCGUGAUGGAAGAACCUGUCACGAUAUUGAUGAAUGUGCGGAAAAUAAUGGCGGCUGUGAGCAGACAUGCAUCAAUAAGCCCGGUUCGUACGAAUGUAAUUGUGAGCCAGGACUGCAAAUCGACACACUGAACGGUCACACGUGCAUCGAUAUCGAUGAGUGUCAAAAUGCAGACAUUGCGGAACGAUGUGCCAAUGGAUGCGAAAAUACGUUCGGUUCCUAUCGAUGCCCGGAGGACGUAAAGCCCACUGCUAUUGGUGAACAACCAGCAACGGAAAAGGGCGAGGAAGAAGAUGGUGACAGUGACACUGAAGACGAUGCCGACGAUGAGGAAGAGGAGGAACUGCAAGAGCGAACGGAAGCGCAUAAUCGAUUGAGCGAAAAUGAAUUGCCUCAAGAAUCCCAUCAAUCAGUGGAUAGCGCCGGAAGCGGCUCGACGGUUGAUGAUGCCAGCGACGAACACGAUGAUGACGUGGAAAAUGAGACCGAAACGAUACCGAACGAAACGAUUCCGGUUGGUUCUUCGCACGCUCAUCGGCAUCAUCAUGGUGAAGAUCGUUUUGUACCAGAGUUGGUGAAUGGACGCGAUGAAACCCGCGAUACAUUACCAGAACGAGAGGAAGAUCACGAAGAUGACGCUGAGGAGGAUGAGGAGGAUGAGGAGGAUGAAAGUGAGAACGAAGACACGAGUGUCCCUGAGCGGACUCACGUCGAAAAACCAUCCCAACCGGUCGUAACUUCAGGUGACGGCCACGGUGAGAUUACCACAUCCAAAGUAGAACACGAUGGGCCGACGGGACCGGAUUAUGAUGAUGAUAAUGGGCUCGAUUCGGAAGAAAGCACCGAACGAACCGAUGGCCAACCAUCCUUCGGCAGUACCCACGGUUGUGGUGAAGGACUUCGAUUGAAUCCGUCGACAGGCACUUGUGAAGAUAUUAAUGAAUGUGAGGAACACGAUCACGGUUGCGACUACUGUCAAAACGCGCACGGUGGAUACCAGUGUACCUGUCCGGACGGAUUCGAACUAGCAGACGAUGACAAACACUGUGAGGAUGUGGACGAAUGCACCGUCGGUGAGGAAGACACAGAUGAGAGUGGUUCGGUAUGUUCGCACGAGUGUCACAACACGAUCGGAUCGUUCGAAUGCCGAUGUCCGGAAGCGUUCCAUCUAAACAACGAUCGACGCACAUGUGUGCGAGACUUCUGUCAGGAUCUGUACGAGAACCCGAACAAGACGCGCUGUUCGCAUGAGUGUAUCGACGAGGUGGAAGGUUUCCGAUGCCAUUGCCCCGAAGGUUAUCUACUGGACGAGGUGGAUCAGAAGACGUGUCACAGUGCGUACAGCUGUGAUGAGAAUCAACGGAAGCGUUGUGAACCGGGCCGGUGUCGGAAGGUGGGAAGCGCUAGCGGAGGCUAUCGGUGCGAGUGUCCCGAUGGGUAUGUUCAGAACGAUCACAGCUGCCAUGAUCGGGAUGAGUGUCAGCUGGGACGGCAUGAUUGUAGCCACGAGUGUCACAAUACGGCCGGUUCGUACCGGUGUAGUUGUCCGGUAGGUUUAACACUGUCCGCUGAUGGGAAGACCUGUGACGAUGUGGAUGAGUGUCAGCGUGAGACGAACGAGCUGGAAGGUUUGUGCGGUGAUCUCGAGUGUCGCAAUACGUACGGUAGCUACAAAUGUGUCUGUCCGGAGGGUAGGGAGCUGGAUGAGUACGGUAUCUGCCGGCAGAUGGAUCUGUGCCGGAAGGAUAAUGGUGGAUGUUCGCACAUUUGUACGUUCUACAAUCGCGAAACGUACUGUGACUGUCCGGACGAUAUGGAGCUGGCGGAGGAUGGCAAAACGUGUGAAACGACGAACGUUUGUGGGUUGAACAAUGGCGGAUGUUCGCACACUUGUGAUCCAGACAGUGAGACGUUGUGUCUGUGUCCGGCGGGAAUGGUUUUGGGUGAAAAUGGACGCACGUGUGAGGAUGUGAAUGAAUGUCAUGCGAAUAAUGGAGGAUGUGCGCAGAGUUGUCUCAACUUUGAGGGAGGCUAUCGGUGCAGUUGCUACGAAGGGUAUGAGCUGGAGGCGGACAGACGCACGUGUAUCGAUCUGGAUGAGUGUGCCAAUGCACGGGGUGGUGGUUGUGAUCAUAACUGUCACAACACGGCAGGAUCGUACUAUUGUACCUGUCAUGCCGGUUAUAAGCUGGCGGAGAAUGCACGCACCUGUAUGGAUGUGAACGAGUGUGACGAUCACAAUGGAAACUGUUCGCAUGUGUGCAUCAACCUGCUCGGCGGACAUCAGUGUUCCUGCCCGAAGGGACUGUUUCUGCAGGAGGACGAUCGUACCUGUGACUUUGUGGAUGAGUGUGAGCUUAACAAUGGCGGAUGCUCGCAUGGAUGCCACUACGAGUACGGUGUGGUGAGUUGUUCGUGUCCGAAAGGGUUCCAGCUGGAAGGUGAGCAUCACAAAACUUGCGUCGAUGUGGAUGAAUGUUCGAAACGAAAUGGUGGCUGUUCGCACGAUUGCUUUAACACGCCCGGAGCUUACGAAUGUCACUGUCCGGAGCAUUACGAACUGCGUCACGAUCGUCACACGUGUCAGGAUGUGGAUGAGUGUAUAGCGGAGAAUGGUAACUGUUCGAACAUUUGCAUCAAUCUACCCGGUGGGUAUCGUUGUGCUUGCGAGAUCGGGUACGAGUUGGCAGAUGAUCAACGGACGUGCAUCGACGUGAAUGAGUGUAAUGAUGGCAGUCACGAUUGUUCGCAUCACUGCGUGAAUGUACCGGGAGCGUACGAGUGUGAAUGUCCCGAGGGUUUCAAGCUGGGACGCAACCGGUUAAGCUGUGAGGAUGUGGACGAAUGUAGAGUGCUUCCUGAUCGGGGUGGAUGUGAGCAUCAUUGCAUCAACACGAUCGGAUCGUAUCACUGUGGGUGUGCGGAUGGCCAUCGGCUAGCGGCGGACAAUCGUACCUGUUCCGAUGUGGAUGAGUGCAGUGAUGAGGAUAGGAAGUGUUCACACGAUUGCACAAAUACGAAGGGCGGGUUUGAGUGUUCGUGUCCGUCCGGAUUGCGGCUGGACAUUGAUAAGGUGAGCUGUGUGGACAUUGACGAGUGUCGGAUUAAUAACUUCAAUGGCGGUUGUUCGCACAUCUGCCACAAUACGGAGGGUAGCUUCCAGUGCCGAUGUCCGGAAGGGAUGUUGCUCGGAGAAGAUCAAGCCACGUGUAAUGAUAUCGAUGAGUGCACUGUGCUGAAUGGAGGAUGUAGUCAGCUGUGCAUUAAUCGGGACGGUGGCUAUCGCUGUGGCUGUCAUCCGGGGUAUAGUCUGAUGAUGGAUGGGAAGGCAUGCGAAGUGUCGAAUCCGUGCGCAUUGCGGAACGGAGGCUGUCAGCAUUAUUGCAGCUUGAAGGCCGGGUUACCGGUGUGUUCGUGCAGGGAAGGGUUUGUGCUGAACAAGACGAAUCAAGCAUCCUGUAUCGAUCAUAACGAGUGUUUGCAGACGAAAGAUCACAACUGUCAGCAGCGGUGCGUCAACUUGGAAGGUUCCUACAGGUGCGAUUGUUACGCUGGAUAUGAGAAGAAUGAUCUUGGGCAGUGUAUUGAUGUGAAUGAGUGCUCUGUUAAUAAUGGUGGCUGUGGAUCGAAGGCACAGUGCAUCAAUACGGCUGGUAGUAGUCGGUGUGCGUGCCCGGUUGGUUUUAAGUUGACGACGGAUCGCAAGAAUUGUGCCGAGCUGAAGGAUAACUGCAAACCGUUCGAAACACCACGAAAUGCGGAUGUGCGGUGUACACGAUCCCGACAUAAGACGCAACUGUUCUACCGAUCGAAGUGCAUCCUCACGUGUAAGAAGGGUUUUAAACUGCACGGACCUUCGGUGCGACAUUGCAAUGGUACUGGCGAAUGGGACGAGGGAGAAUCCAUCUGCGUUCCUCUUGCUUGUCCAAAAUUAGCUCGUCCAGAAAAUGGUGUUAUCCUACCGGUCGCAUGUACGGCAGGGAAGAUUUUUGCCAACGAACGCUGUGUUCUUCACUGCAAGCCUGGUUUCAAACCGAUGACAAAGCGAACUGCUGUCUGCACUCUGUCACAGACUUGGGUUCCAGGAGAUAAUCUCCGUUGCGUCCCGCUAGACACACCAACAGUGACAGUAAAACCAGUGACAACGACAUCUACCGUGGCGUCGGUCAGCAUCAAACCAUACAUCAAGUGUCCACCGGAUAUACAUGAGGUACUGCCGCUGGGUCAGUACACGAUGAAGGUACGGAUGGAGCGCCCAACGUCGAAUGUCGAUUGGCACAAGUACGUUGAUUCGCAUCCCCCUUGGGGCAAACAGCUGGAAGUGGAGCUGCCAGCGGGUGAAACGAUCGUCACGUUCCGUGCCCGAAGUCCAACGAACAAUGUGAAUGAUGUUUGUCGAGUUGUGAUAAAAAUACGAGAGAGAAAACCUCCAACCGUGGUACACUGUCCCGAAUCGUUCGAGGUACAGUUGGAACGCAACGAACCGUCCCGGUCGGUGUUCUGGGCGGAGCCCAAGUUCGAGUCCGAAUCGGAGAUCAAGCAGCUCUACAAAUCGAAUACACCCGGUCAACCGUUAGCAGCCGGGUUGCAUUACAUCAACUACAUCGCAACCGAUGCCGAUGGGUUGAGUGCAAACUGUAACUUCCGUGUGGUGGUUAAUGGUAAGGAUAAGAUGAAGAAACCGUUUCCCUUCGGCAGCGACGUAACCUUGAGUUUGCGUUCAGGUCCUCCGGUAGAGGUGAUGGAGCCGCGACGUCCACAUCUGGGCAGCGGUGGUUCCAGGCCGGCGGAAAUGAACCGCCUCGAGAACCACGAAUCAUAUCUCAUCUGUCCCGGUAAACCACCCGUAAGGCUGGACGGCAACAAUUAUCCCUUGCACGUCCCGCAAGGGUGCGUGGUGAAGAACAUACGUAUCAAGCAAAAGCUAGCCAGGUUGCGCCAUCAGCAAAGAAUGUUGGCGCAGCAUCUACAGCAUCUAGAGGAAUCGCCCAACACCAGCCCGGCUCUGAUACGCCAACAGCACCAGCGUUACAAUAAUCUGCUUCGCUACUACUCCUCGUGGGACAAGGUCUACACGUCCUCGUCGGCUACUUCAAGGCCAUCUACCAUGCUGGAUGGUGCUUCAUCGUCGAGAGCCCUCCACUUGCCUCAGGGGCUUGCCGAACCGUAUCCUGCGGGCCGGAUGAGUGCAUCGCAUUAUCAACAACCUCAGCAGCACCACCAGCAACAUCCACGCCGUUGGUUAAAAAAGCGCAGCCGACCACAUGCUGAAGAAAUCCAUACCAGUGAUGAGAAAAAUGACAAUGUCCAAGAACAGCAUGGCGGUCAGUCAUAAAGGAUUGAUUGUGGCAGAUGAAAAACUCAUCGGUACAAUUCCAAAAUAGUUGAUGGGUUUUUCACCGUUUAUGUCAGAUGCGAAUACGAAAAACCAAUCAUAAUAAACGCUUUCUAAUCUCGAACAAAAAGCAUUUCCUCGCAAAACGGACGACACUAGGCAGUGUGUGUUUCGUUGGAAACCAGUUACAUUCAAGAAGCAAUAAUUGAAUGAUCGAAUUAAUCUUCAUUUUUCAAAUUCUACUGCAUCGCAACAGUGUCCUAUAUCAUCCCUGUCAGUAGACAUAGAGCGAUCUGUAUUGCUAAGCAGCAAGCUAUCAUAGAAAGAUGAUUCUGUGAUGCAAUUUGCAUACAUUUAGGCGCACUGAACAUUUGGCCUUUACGUUUUGCAAAAUGACAUCAUUAAUAAUGAUGAUUUUAUUAACAAUUUGUUUAUUGCAAAAAUCGAACUAUUCGCAUUAGAGUCAACUGAUAUCUAGAUUAAGAAGUCCCGAAAUAUAUAUUUUUAUAUAUAUUUGUGCGGCAUGCAACCAUUAAUACUGAAAUCAUGAAGUAAAUAAAACAACAAAUUAUAAAUAAACAAAAACAAAAUAAUACAUAAUUAGUUUAAAAGGAAAAUAACAGGAAAAGAAACUUACCCUUGCAAU